AUGUCGCGACAAAUAACAAAUGAAAUACUUGAUUGGAUUUGUAUUCUGAUGCUUAUACUUGGUACAAUUGGAAAUCUUCUUGGUCUUAUUGUAUUUUCUUCUCGGAAAUUUCGUCGAACGAGUUACGGACGCUUAGCUAUCGCAUCGUUGAUUAUUAAUCUCUUAUGUGUGUUUCGUUAUUCGUUUAUUCUACAUUCAAAAACACGCCGAUGGAUAACUUAUACCGUUGGUCAAACAUGGUUUAAUUGUAAAUUAUAUCGCUUUUCGUCGUGUCUGCGUAUCCUAUCUGCUUUUAUUAUCGUUGCUUGGACGUACGAACGAUUUACUUAUGUAACAAUUAAUUAUAGUUCGUAUAUAAAUCAUCCAUCGUUGAAAAGAUACAAAUUUGCUUCAAUGGCUUUGGUUUCGUUUCUGAUUGUGGGUGCGUUGACUGGACCGACUGUUUAUUUUUAUCAACCAAAACAUAUUCAUUUACCUAAUGAACAAGGCAAUUUCACAUUUAGAUCAAGCAAUUCUUCAUCGUUUGGAGGAAUGUCGACGAAGAUUAUCGAUACAACAAUCUUUCCACCAUAUAGAACAGUUUGUGCAUUGAAAGAAUCGAUCUCGUCGUCUUGGAGAACAUUUUUAACUGACGUAGCCUUCGCUUUCAAUUAUACAACAUUACGUUCAAUAUUUUCCGAAAUCAUUCCGUCACUUCUUGUUAUUCUUUUCGAUAUUGGAAUUAUCGUUCAUGUUAUUCAAUCGAGUUCAUCUAUCGGAUCGCGUAGUUCAUCAACAGUUGCUCGCACAAGUUACCGUGGAUCGAUUACGAACAAGGAAGGUGCUGAUGGUCUUGUCGUACACAAUCGUCCACGAACAUCCUGGAUGAAUGUUGUCUUAAUAAUUCAUUCAUUUUUGUUNAAACGAUGA